AUGCCUGACAUAGAUCCCGCGGCCUUGAGCCGGCCGUCGAUUAGUAUCUCGACUCCCGUCCUCAAAAACAUUACUGUUUCGACGCCCGCAAAACCAAAGACGUCCCAGAUUAUACCUCCCCGCAUAGAUCUCGAACCUCUCUAUGCCGCCUUAAAGUCCGCCAUCGGUUCGGAACAAUGGACUGUAUACAAAGAAUCCACUACCCAAUUCAUCCUGGGACGUCUCAACCAGACCGAAUACUCGGAUCGCAUCGAUCCCAUCAUCGCUUCGCCCAAUGGCGAGAAGGAACACCUCCACAACCAGCUCCUUGCUGCCAUCUAUGGAAAUCUGACAAGAGAGAUGCCAGACGUGGGACUCGCGCCCUGGGUUUCUGCUAAUGACAAGCCCACGAUUGGUGUCGGCGCAAAGCCCGUCACUGGCGAUGCCGCAGAGAGGAGGCUCAAGGGAGAGGUGAUGCAACUCCCCACUCGUGAUCGCCGACGCAUCAAGGAGCUGGUUCACAACGACUUUGAUCCUUAUGAGUCUAUGACCAACAUGUUUUCCGAACACCACCGUGGUAAGCCGACGCGGGCACCUGAGACGCUGCCGAGCGCCACGGGCGGUUUGAACAAGAUGAAUUGGGACCUGGAGAUUAAGAAGCGAUUCCAGCAACCUUUGGCAGUGGAGUCUGGCGAAUUCCCCGAUGUCAGCAUGGUCGAGGGACGCAUGUUACCUUUUUGUUACGAGCAUGGUCUCGUUAAUGGUCAUACCCCCGAGGCCGCUCAGCUUCUGACUGUUGCAACCGAGACUUUUGUAAAAGAAAUGUUGACGGCUAUCUUUACAAGAACAAGAAGCAAUGGAGCGGGCGACUCUGGUAGUGCUGGAUUUGGCGCUGGAGCUGGCUGGAUCCAAACCAAGAAAUAUCAGCGGCAGCUGCGUCGAGAAGAAGCUGCCCUGAUGCGCGGCGAACUGUCAAAAGAUAAAAGUGGCCUACUCCCAAUUGAGGCCAAAGCGGCCAGCGAAAGGCCGCCACUGAAUAUGGCAGACUUGCGCCUGGCUUUGGAAAUGGGUGACUGUGGAAUCGCCUCUAUUCCCAUUGUCACGGCUUCGGUCUUCUACAACUACCGCGAAGGAGAACUGGAACACUGGGACGACUACUCUUACGUCAACGACCAGAAACCUCAAGACAUGGAUGAGGGCAAAACAGCUGAGCCAGAUACGAAGCUUUUGACGAAUGGCGACGUUCACGCUGAUCCCAUGGACAUUGAUGAUCAAUGGACCUGGGAAGGCACAGACGACGCGACUAUAGAGCAACUCGACAGUGUUCUCGACUCGUGCCUAACAUCUGGGUUCUAA